GUCCUUGACAUCGUACAGGUUAGAGAAGCAUUUAGAGAUCGGAAGUUAAUCAUCUCACACAAAUUUUUUAAUUCGUUCCGAAAUAACAAAUUAUUAAUCAUACAAUUAAGCUUUUCCGUACAAGAAUCCAAUAUCUUGAAAUUAUAUACACGGAAUAAUAAGCUUUCGAUAUGAUAGCCUUAUUGACCGCGCGAUUGAUAGAGGGAAGGGGAAAGAAUCACUUUCGAAAGUGCGUAUCGCGUAUUGUGAAACACAGAGAUUUAUCCGCUACUUUGAAGAGAGCAAAAAUGAGUAAUAAACUUACUCCAGAGGAAAGAGAGCAGAAUUUGAAUCCACUGCUCUCAUCAGGAUGGACUAUUCAAUCAGACAGAGAUGCAAUCUAUAAAGAAUUUUUAUUUAAGAACUUCAAUGAGGCUUUUGGAUUUAUGACAAGAGUGGCCUUACAAGCUGAAAAGAUGGAUCAUCAUCCCGAAUGGUUCAAUGUUUAUAAUAAAGUAAAUAUUACUCUGUCUUCUCACGAUGUGAAUGGUUUGUCACAGAGGGAUGUGAAACUGGCAACUUUUAUUGACAAAGUUGCUGACAAAUAAAAUUCAUUCAACUUAUCUAUUCUGACCUAUUAGAGCACGCUCUAUUCAUAUACUUAUUAUAUAUAUGUGUUAAUGACAAUAAUGAGAAAUAUUUGUUAUUACUGAUUUGUAAUAUAAUUAAUAUGCAAUAAAUUAUCUUUCUUUAGCCCAUUA